CAAAUAUAUACAUGUAUAUAUAACACACCUGGGCACACUAACCUGACUACAUAUUUCUUUGUUUAGGAAAAUGCCCCUACUGUUCAUUAGAGUAUAGACUCAAGGGUGAGGACUGUGAUUUGUGAUUUUUGUGUGUUCUUUACACUGCUUACUAUGGUCUUUUUACUGUGGUCUUAUAUCCAAUGAAGACCCCGUUUCUGUAACCAGCUGCUUUGUUGGCAGGUUCUCGCUGUCAAGCUCCCUGGUUAUACUCUGUACUGCUUGAGGACUUGUUUGUUUCAUUUGCUGGGCUCUGUGAGAAAAAGGCAACUGCAGUGCCAGACCAGCUCUAAACUAACAUGUAGGACAAAGGAAGGAAGAAAUGGACUUCACAUGUACCAUUUGCCCAGCUGGGUUCUUUAAACACCCCCCCACCCCCAUCACUGUGUGAGCGCAUUGUGCUAGGAGUACUUAAAGAAUUUCUUUGUUGCAGUUUCUUGAGCAUCCUGGUUGACUGGAAGUGCUUAUCCUACCAAGAAAAGUGCCCAUCGGCUAUUCUCAUGAGUGGGUGAGAAGAGGCACAGAUAACAAGCAAAGUGAUCAUGUUCACGACAAGGCAUUGGGAAAAUACAUUGAAUUUAUCAGUGGGAAAGUUUUUAUGCUUUCAGAUUUUUUCCUUUUGAAAGCAUCUGAAGGACCACUUUGAAAAUCUAAGACAUAAUAUUUAUCUUCGGGAGUAAAAAAAUGCGAAGAGCUUGGUGAGAAGGAAGAGACACCUUCUGUCUGUCAGACUUACGUACUUUCCCUGGAAGCCUUGUUCUGUGGCCUUCCCUUUGGAAAUGAGUAUUAUGCUGAUGGUAACAGGGAAGUCAGUUUGUGAGUUGGGAAGGGAACUUCGUCUUCUAUCUGUUAAUCCAUUUCUUUCCAACUCCAGUCGAUCAUCCUCCCAGUCCACAAUGCUGAACGCUGGCUGCAGGAAUGCUUGAGGUCUGUUUUGCACCAGGACUUUGAAGGCACCAUGGAGCUCUCUGUUUUCAAUGAUGCCAGCAAGGACAAUUCUAUGGCCAUCAUUGACAAGUGGAAAGUGAAGUUAGAAGAUUCCGGUAUCCUUGUGGUUGUUGGAGGGCAUGAUUCUCCUUCUCCCCGUGGAGGAUGACGUGAUGAUGCCACAGCGGGUGAGGCUGCAACACGAAGCUGCCGCUCAUCACCCCAGAUGCAUUGUUGGCUGCCAGGUGAGAAGAGACCCCCCUGACUCCACCAAGAGGUAUACACGCUGGAUCAACCAGCUGUCUGCAGACCAGCUUCUCACCCAGGUCUUCACGUCACAUGGCCCCACAGUGAUCAUGCCCACCUGGUUCUGCUCCCGAGAGUGGUUUUCCCAAGUGGGCUGUUUCGAUGAGGGUGGCAAGGGCGUCCCCGAGGACCUGCUGUUCUUCCAGGAGCACCUGCGCCGCGGCGGCCACGUUCUCCGCGUGGAGCAGAGCCUCCUUGUCUACCGCUGCCACCCGCAGGCUGCCUCACGGUCCGUCCUCGAAAGCACCAUCUGGACCCUCCGAGUUCGCUUCCUGGAAGAGAGGGUGCUUCUGCACUGGACAACUUUCACCAUCUGGAACGCAGGCAAGCAGGGCCGGCGGCUCUACCGUAGCCUGGACACUGCCAACCAGCAGAAGGUAACAGCGUUUUGUGACGUCGAUGAACGCAAGAUCCAAAAGGGCUUCUACUGCUAUGAGGAUUCCCAGGACAGGCCCAAGCCCCGGGUUCCGAUCCUGCACUUCCGGGCCGCCCAGCCACCCUUCGUCAUCUGCGUGAAGCUGGAUCUCACAGGGGGUGCCUUUGAGGACAACCUGAGCUCACUGCACCUGCAGGAGGGACGGGACUUCUUCCACUUCAGCUGACAAGAUGCCUAGCAGCCACUUCCAGCAGAGGAUCCUUGUCAGCUAAGGGGACAUACCUCACCAGAGCGGCCCUGGAUGCAGCCAGUCAGGGGAUUCUGCGAAUCAUUUCAUCUAAACUGGAAAACUAACCUUACUUCACGAGGGAGAUUAAAGUUGAAAACACACAAAUCUAA